GGGUGAACAUUUUAGAAUUCAGCCACAUUCUCAAGGAAGUCAACACCACAGAAUUGCCAAAACAACAAGGCCAAUGGUUGCCUAUCGUGACACCGCGCUACAUGAUGAUGCCCAUUCAAAAGGAAGGCCUCUUUUACACGACAUCAUCAACAAGAGGGCACUUUCUCAUGGCAACAAUCACGUGGUCGAAAUUCUUGUGUUUCUGGAUGAUACUAUUUACGAUUUUUUUCUGAAGAUCAGUGGUGGAAAUGAAGAGGAGACGUUAGCGAAAAUGAAGAUGUACUAUACACUCAUAGCAAAUGAUAUGGACCUACGAUACCAAUCAUUGAGUGAUCGACAUGACAAGUUCAAGGUCGACAUUAUGAUUAACGGAUUUGUGUUUUCAAAGACUUUAGAUGGUUUUCCAUGGAUACCAAAAUACCUUGUUGGCAACAAUAUUUACGACGCUGAGAAUGCCAUGAAGUUAUUUGGACAGUACCAAUACAGUAACAGGGAAUAUCUGCCGGAGUUUGACCAUGCCAUGCAAUUCAGCAGAAGGGACCUUGCAUUCUACGAGGAUGGGUGGCAAUCUGAUCUAUUGGGUGUUGCAUUCAAGGGCACCACGUGUUCCACGCCGAGCCUGGCGGUAUCCAUAAUAGAGGAUGCGUCGUACGGUACGACGGGACAGACAGCGUCUCACGAAUUAGGUCACAGUCUCGGGUCCAGUCAUGAUGGGGCAGCUGGCUGUAAUGAUGACAAGCAAUACAUAAUGGCUGCAUUUACUGCACAGUCUACGAAAAAAGUGGCAAGGCACAUGUGGAAGAUGUCGGAAUGCUCCUCAGAUGCAAUUUACAAAUACCUUAACAGACUGGGUAACCACGUGUGCACGAAGAAGAACAGUUUUUCCAAGACGGAAUACGACAAAGACCACGGCCUAGCUAGCGGAGGACAAGUUUACGACCUGAAUUCUCAGUGUAAAUUAAGACAGGGCAUAAAUUCGUUCGUGUGCCGGGUAGCAGACACUACAAUUUGCUCCCAAGGAAUAUUUUGUAAAAUCGAAAACACGAAUUACUGUCAACGUAUUCUGGCCAUGGAAGGUUCGGACUGUGGUCAAGGCAAGAUAUGUAACGAAGGCAAGUGUGUUCGUCAAUCUAAGAAUUCCAGCAAUCGUCCAUUGAGUCUGGGUGAUAAGAAACCGGGGCUUCUAGAAUCUGUUCCUAGAAAUCCUUAAAGCAGACAUCUAGUUCAAGCGAUGAGGUCCGAAGUCAUGUUAAUAAAUUUGCUUUAAA